AUGGGGAAGCCAUUGGUGCAUUGCUCAGAUGAAGAUAAAAACUGCUUCAGCGAUGAACGAGGCGGUAUUGUGGUUCUCUUUGUUGCCCUCUUCCUGUCUUUGGUGGCUAAUGCGGUGCUGGUAUAUCUGCAUUACAGUGAUGGUUGCGAGCCAGUAACAAACUGCACAGAUCCCGUGCUUCAUGAAGAACUAGAUGAUGAACACAAUGCACAGAACAUAUGGAUCCAUCCCAAGGAUAAUAAAGACUGGACAGCAGCACAUAACUGUCCAGAAAAAAGUUUUACUGAGAUGUGGUUCAAGAACAAGGGCAGAUUCUAUGUUUUCUCUACGGAUGUGAAGAACUGGAACAGCAGCAGGGAACGCUGUCAGGCUCUGGGUGGAGACCUGGUGAUCAUCAAUAGUAAAGAGGAGCAGGAAUAUGUUGCUGGCAUGAUAUUGAAAAUGAAAACAAAAGCAUUAUAUUGGAGUGGUCUGACCGAUAGUCAGACUGAGGGGAAGUGGCGGUGGGUGGACAACACCCACUUAAAUCAUAGUUUACGGAGUUUAUGGGCAGCUGAACCAGAUAACUACAUAUCGCUUGAGUAUCCUGAAGGUGAAGAUUGUGCUGUUUUCAAUGGACGGAUCAAUGAAGCACAAUGGGGAGAUGUUUCUUGCUUAAGGAAUGAGAGAAGGAUUUGUGAAAUUCUGUGUGCUUAGUAAAUAUUUGCCAUAUGAAUUACUUUGACAUGUAGUUUCCCUGUACAGGUGCACAAAAAACUGAAAAAUGACAAUCAAUUUAAUAGUUUUUAACAUUAUUAUUAUUAUUUGUUUUGAUUUUAUGCUUAUGUUAAAGCAGAUGUUCAUUCAGAUUAUUGAAUGUAUAGAAUCAAUAUGGUAUUUUA